AUGUUUGGUAACAAGGGAAAGCAGCCUGCAUCCUCAUCCUCCUCUCGCAGGUCUCCUCAAUCGAACACACCACCGACUGGACCUGGCUACCGCCCUAACCCGGGACAGAACGUGCAGCUACCUUCGAUAGUGGGUCAGCCCUGCCUUCAAAACAUACCGGGCCAGCCUGCAAGGUCCCAGGGAGGUAAUGCUGGGGCAGUGCAGCGACCUACAUUGAACCCUGCGCCUAGGUUCCAUCGCAACGACCCGACUUCACAUGGGCGGCUUUACCCACCUAGGCCUCUCCCAGGAGGUCCGGCCUUGAUCGACUCCCUCCCAGGAAGGAGGACGGCACAGCAGCCGCCAUCUUCGCCGGGGCCGGCGUCGAGACAGCCAUCAGCACCGAUACAAUCGGGGGGUGGUAGACGAAGCGCGUCGCAGGAUCACGAGCGUCGGUCCGCGGCACCGUCGCCUCCUCAGCGACAGGCGCAGUUCACUGGGGCGUCGGGUGUACCCCCUGCCCGUCAGAGUCAUACUCAAAUUCCCGCCGCGAACACAGCAGCAGAGCCAUCAGGUGGAAAGAAAAGGGGACCUGGGAGGUGA